GCUGUAACAAUUGCUGCCGAACUUCUCCUGGUCAUCCUGUUAUGCUGCACCUUCCUGAUGGCUUUCAUUUGCUAUUCGAGACUCGAGAGAAAAUUCACAGUCUCUGCCAUGGUGAGCAGCCUAGUGAACGCCGGCAAAGAGAUGAGAUCAAUUAUGAUCCCUGUGUCGAGUUCUUCGGAAUCUCCGAGAAAACGAUGGCCUGGAAAUCGGAGACGUCUCCUAAAAUCGGGCAAAUGGAGACACAUCAACACUCACAGGAAGCAGUCAUCUGGAGUCGAUAUGCAGAUGCUGGAGAAUCUUGUGGAUCCUCUGCUGUCUCCUGAAGAAGAUCCGAUGAUGACCAAUAUGGUGUACACUGGUCAAGCCACAGACAGGCCUGAGGCAGAAUCUAAAGUCUUUUUCCAACCAGAACUUCUUGACGAUCUGGAUGAAAUAGAGAAGAUGGAAGAGAUUUUACAGAAUUUGCCAGGAGCCGGUGUGAUAAACAGUUUGGUAAACGAGUACUCUUCAGGAAAACCUCUUAUUGCAAAAGUGAAACCAGCAAUAUAUCACACGGGCGAAUAUCCAGUUGAUUAUGGUGACGGUGCUGACCAUGGCGGUGACAAUGGCGGUGACCGUCCAAGCGGCAAAAAAGGCGGCGGUGGCGGUGGCGGUGCAGGUGAAGGUGACGGUGAAGAGGAAAAGGAUGUUUUGGAAUUGACCGAAGAGGAGCAGCGUGAAAAGCGCAAGAUAACUUGCUUGGAGAAAUCUUUCUUCUAUGCAGCUUUUGCAGCAGCAUCGACAAUUGUUCUGUUAUCGCUGAUUAGUAUGCUCCUGUCUAUACGCUGGCAAUGAAGGAAGAUUA